GAAUUUAUUAUGAUUAUCAGAGCGCAUGCGUCUAACAAUAUUCGUCUUUCGGCCAUAUUGUUAUGACGCAUACAAGAUCAUAGGUCUCCGCCAGUGACGAGUCUUCUCGCAGUUGACGUGGCUACUACGUACCGUCCCGUUCGCCCACUCCGGACGCAGCAUAUACGGUGACGAGGAAUACGUAACUGGUGAUCAUAGUGGGCAUGGACGGAAUGGUGGAGGAGAACGGCACAUCUGGCGCAUCAGGCGUCGCAGAUCCUUUGGCGAGUGCUGCCUCUUCAGCCAGCACCACGCCUCACGUCGUCGUUACCAGCAUUGUGCAACUAACGUUGCCUACCCAGGCACCGUCAGCACAGGUCCAAUCAGUAAUACAACCUAAUCAACAGUCUGUUAUUCAGACAGCAUCUAAUAUACAGACAGUGCAGUUACCUAAAGGAAAUGUUAUAUUGGUUAGCAAACCAAGCUCAGUUAUACACACUACUCAAGGAACUUUGCAAACAUUACAGAUCAAGCCCGAACCAAACACAGUAGUAAAUACACAGGGACAGUCAUGUAGUGAUGAAAGCUGUAGUGAUGAUGAAAGUCCAAAAAGAAAUAAAUACAGAGAAAUGUUAACUCGACGUCCAUCUUAUAGGAAAAUACUAAAUGACCUAGGAGGUGCCGAAAUAGCUGAAAAUCGCAUGGGAACUAAAGCGGGAUUGGAAAAUGAAGUGUCGCUGCCACCUUCUUUAGCGUUUGCUCCAGUGAUUCCAGCUGGUGCCUUGCAGACAGAAAGUGGUUUGCAUACAUUGGCUGUGUCAGGUGCAACCGGUGGUGGGGCGAUAGUCCAAUACGCGCCAAAUCAGGAUGGACAAUUCUAUGUUCCGGGGCCAAUUUUAGAAGAUCAAACACGAAAGCGUGAACUUCGGCUAUUAAAAAAUCGCGAAGCAGCAAGAGAAUGUCGACGUAAGAAAAAAGAAUACAUAAAAUGUCUUGAAAAUCGAGUGGCAGUAUUAGAGAAUCAAAACAAAGCCCUUAUAGAAGAACUAAAAUCACUUAAAGAACUAUAUUGCCAACAAAAAACUGAAUGAGGUCCAGCCGGCUAACCAGGUGUGCCGCUGCCCUGCCGGUAAGAGCCUAGAGGCACACAUAUUUUGCGCAAUUGUACUGCAGUCAAAGUACACACUUGGUUGCGUCCAGGUAAAGUGCCGACCGAGGUGGACUGAAAAGAUGACUAAUUAUAAAUUUCUUAAAACUAAUUAGUUUUGACAUUAAAAAAAAAAUAUUCAAAUUACUAUUGCAAAAUGCAUCUAAACAUUUGACAUUCAUUUUAUUUAAUUAAAUGAAGUAUAUAAAAUAAAA